AUGGCGUAUCUAGACUUUGUCUGGUGGAUAUUCAUGGCCGUGGCUUCAGUCGGUGUUUCGGCUUCAUAUGACUCAAGUCGGUCACCUUAUGACGAUUAUGGAUGUUUACGGCUGAGAAGUCCGAAGAACGGCCGCGUUUCGGUUCAACAACGCAGGGCGUUGUAUUCGUGCAAUGAAGGCUAUUCUCUCGUCGGGCAGGCGCGCAGGUAUUGCUAUGGCGGUCGCUGGUGGGGCAACGCUCCGGUAUGUGUGGCAGAUGGACGGUGGGGUGCGUGGUCUGAUUGGUCGUGCUGCUCUAAAUCGUGCGAUACCGGAAGGAAGACAAGACAACGCGCUUGCCUUAUGUAUGACUACAGAGCCAAACACUGCGUAGGAAACGACCGAGAGAGUCGAUUUUGUAAUAUCCUUCCAUGUCCUGGCUACUCAUGCUCUCAACUCCAGAGUCCUAGAAACGGGCAGGUGUCGUUCGAGAAAGACUGCGCAUCGUACUCUUGCAACGCCAACUAUAGGCUUAUUGGAAAUUCGAAGCGGUACUGCUGCUCCGGCACAUGGACGGAAAACGCUCCAGACUGCGUAAAAGAUACUCAUUGGAAUUCUUGGUCUGAAUGGACGCAAUGUAGCAAGUCGUGCGGUAGAGGACAGACCACCAGGAAACGCACUUGCGUUGUCUACGACAAGAGAGCAAACGACUGCGUCGGUGCGGCGACAGAACGAAGAAACUGUAAUAGAAAACCUUGCACGGAAUGUUCGAGCAUUACCAACGUAACACUCGGACCGCUGUUCGCCAACGUGCAAGACGUAUACUCGCAGACGUUCUCAACUCUGACCUGUGCGCCAGGCUACAGGCUGGUUGGCCACAACAACAAACCCAUUGACUGCUCUAAUGACAACGCUCUAGUGCAGAGCAAUCCCACAUUGUACAAAAGGUCUAGACUUUCUCUUUGUCCUGAUUUGUCGUCUCCGGCAAACGGCAGAGUGAAGGUUUUCGAUGACGUGGCGGCAUACACGUGCGACCCGGGUUUCCGACUGGUUCUCUCGCCUCGAAGACGCUGCGUGGACGGCAUCUGGACAGGCACCGAACCAGAAUGCAUUCAAGACGUUUCCAUGGUUGGAGAGCAAAUCGGAAUCGCCCCAGAGUUCCUGUUCGCAAGCGGAAAAAACGAAAUUCUAGGGCCUCACCUUUUACUCCCUCGUUGUCGCGUCACAACGACGUUCCAGUACCAAUCAGUAUCAAACUAUCAGACAACGAUUUUGAACGCAGAAUUGAUAAACACGAGAGACGAUGACAAGGUAAUCGCUCGCACCUCGGUCCUACUGCCGACCAUCAGCGAAGAGAGACAGACGAGUUGCUUCACUUUGGAUUGCGGCAAUCGCACCGGCGUCGUCGCUGCAGUACGUCUGAUCGCGAAGGUCACACAUCAGGACACUCUGGAAGUCUUCAACAUCGAGUUUCAUCACAAUCGGCGUUGUCAAGUGCGUUUGGCGUCCGGGUUGUGCCCAUCGGUGGAGCGGCUACGGAGUGACGCUCGUACGGUAUGCGAGAGAGAUUGUCUGACCGACGACGACUGCAAGUCGAGCUCCGAACGUUGCUGUUUCAACGGAUGCGGACAGUCGUGCGAAAAAGUGACGAGGGCAAAAUACGAUUCUGGGGUUUGUAAGAGUUUGCCUUGUAUCAAUGGAGGAUCGUGUAUACCUGUUUCGUUUGGUUAUGUGUGCAAUUGCCCAGCGAGAUACACUGGAAUCAACUGCGAACAAUGGUAUCUACCGACGCAGAGGGAUCCCGCGGACACAAAACUCGCCGGAAGUUGCGAUAAUACGACCGCAAGCGGAGACUGCGGCUACCGCAAUACAGGAUGCGGCAUAGAACCGUGGACUCUCACAAUCGCCGACGACGACGUCGACAGCGACGACGCGGACGACGACGAACUCGCACCAUUGCAAUACAGCAGAAUCAGCGAAGACUGUCAAUACCACUUGUGCAUUCCGUGCCUACUACGUUCAGGAUUCAGCGUCGAGACGAAAUCUUUAAAACAACAACAGAAGCCAGUGAGAAGACAAAGAAGAGACUUUGAAGAAGAAGGAAAGGCGUUUUGUCUGAAGGGAGGCGCCGGCAGUCCUGCGACGGGAGAGAUUACUUCUGAUGACACGCAGAUGUUGAUCUCUGGGCAGCUGGUGGAAGACACCGAACUUGUCAGUUUUGACUACAAAAUGCGCAGCGGCGGAGUUCAUCACAUGAUAGUGUACGCCAUAUGCAAGGGUCUCCCCUCCUAUCACAUUCAUAUCGGUGCGACUAAAACCGUUUACGGAAUUCUACAUCUCAAUUCCAACGAAGCGAUGAGCGGACGCCUUUGCGUCAGCUUGCGGCCUCACAUUAACGAGAUCCCCGGAUAUUCGACAAGCACCUGUAGUCUGUUUCGGGUGUACGUUCAGGCUGUGGCUCGUGGAAGAGAAAUCUGUAUUGAAGACAUAAGGUUUCACUCGAGAGAUGUGAUCACUCAAUCCGUCUGCCCUCAAGUCAACAACGAGCCAUGAUUGUGAAUCAACUGUAGUACAUCACAUCUAGACACUACUAAUUCUAUCGCUAUUUGCAGUCUGUUAGUCGAUGUGAGUCUUGUAUCUGUAGAACUUGCUGUAU